GAUUUCCAAUCAGCUGAUUUUUGUUUACAAUCUUUUCUCGUCUUUUGUGAUUAUUUUUUUUUUGAUUUGAUUUUAAUUUCACAAUUAAAUGAAGGAUUUAAGUGACAAUCACGUGAAAUACUUACUUGAAACUUCACUUUUUGUCCUGGAACAUUAUAAAUGGCUAAUUGAUAGCUAUGUGUUGGAUUUUUUCGUGGAAAAUCACUGGAAAAAUCUCCCAAUGGCGUGGCAAGAAACCUUCACUUGCCCCAAUUUUCCCAUUAAUGAAUUGUCUUUUCUGCUUAAUUACAAUGCAAAUUCACCCAAAGGCGUGUCAGUUGUGCUGCCCUUGUCCCUGCUGACCCUCCACAAGGUGACACAGAUGCUGUCAAUUGGCAGGAAGCCCGAAAAGAUGGAAAAGGCACCAUGGUCAGGUUUGGUUGAUCACCCAAAGUUCAGGAAUCUCUUCAUGAAGCACGUUAAAUGCAAAAAACGCCAUGAAAUUGAGAAAAUGAGCGCAUUGUGUGGGAAAAUAGCUGAAAAGUGUGGUGUUGAGUACCUCGUGGACAUUGGCGGGGGUCUUGGUCAUUUAUCCCGCAUCCUGGCCUUUGGGCACGGAAAGAGGGUGUGCUGUGUUGAGAAACAAGAGCCACUGAACCUGCAGGCGGGUGUUUUGGAUCAGCAAUUCCUGAAAUUCGCCCAGAAGUACCUGAAACAGGAAGAAUUUACCCAGCUGCGCCCUCCUGUUCAUCUCAAUUUAACAAUAUCCCCCGAUAUGGAUGCAUGUGGCUUCAUUGAGCAUCUAAAAUGUCGCGUAUUUGACCUUAAGGAAGAUGAGGAAUUCGCCAUUGGUGUCAUUGGACUCCAUCCGUGUGGUGAUCUCGGUCCAGUGCUGCUGAAUCUCUUCCAAACGUGCCCUGAAGUGAAAUUUAUCGCCGUUGUGGGAUGUUGCUACAUGAAAUUGACCGAAAACGGGUUUCCACUGAGUCAGCACUUGAGGAGGAUGCGCGAAAAAGAACCCAAGAGGGUCCACCUUAGCUACGAAGCACGCGAAGUUGCUUGUCAUGCGAUAGAAAUGUACCACGAACGCCUAUCUCGAGGUGAGUUUGAUGAUCUCAAAAUUCACGCCUAUCGAUCGGCCCUUGAGAAGGUAAUUGUGCGAAAUUGGCCCAAUUUGCGACAUUCCGGACUGAGGAGUGUCAAGUACAGGGAGUGCAGAACAUUCCGGGAGUACUGCGAACGGGCCACGGGGAAUUUGGGGGUGAAACUCAAUGAUGGGGAUGUGGAAGGGAACGCCGAUUGCUUGGAAUGGAAGAAAGUUGCCAUUUUCUACACUCUUCGCCUCAUGCUGGCACCCCUUGUUGAAUCAGUCCUCCUCAAUGAUCGCCUUCUGUCCAUUCGGGAGGGCGCUACAGCCACGUGCAGCACUGUUGCUGUCUUUGAACCGCGCCUCUCACCACGAAAUCACAUCCUUCUCGCCACAAAAUAGAGAUUCGCUUUAUUUGAGAAUAUUCCGCGCAGAAUUAUGUCACCCGCGCUGUUACCUCGUCAUCACUUGCCUCCUGACCCAACUUCUCAAAGCCCUCGUGCUUGCUGUCCAGCAGAUUGCCCAGCUUAAAUUCCCGAUUCAGCUCCCAGGCGUGCUUCCGUUUCCGCGUUCCACGUGCGCAGCAUCCUAAGAUGUGGAAAGAACCACAAAAUUAAUCAAUCCCUGGUGCCCUUCUAAAACCACCCACAGGCUGACCUUUUUGAAUCACGUGUGUGUGUGUAUUUUUCAAGAUUCUUUUAUUGAGCCAGAAAUAGUGAUAAUCUGUCAUUUUUUAUAAACACUAAUUAAUAGACUUUACACAAUAUUUCAUUUUUUUAUAAUUUAUACAUUCAAUAGAAUAUUUUGUAAUUUUUUUCUUUUAAUUUUCUCUCAACAUUCACAAUAUAUAUAUAUUUUUUUCAAAUUCUUUAUCAGAUUUUACAAGUUUUCCUUUUUUUUUUAAAUUGGUGGACACGCAGGAUUCAAAGAGUUCUUAGCCUUAGAACAAAGAAAAGAAACUCCCUUACACUUGUUCUCUCACACACACUUUUUGCCUUUUUGCUAAUUCAAAACAACUUAAAAGUCUGCCUGAAAAAAAUUAUCUAAAUGCAGAAAAAAAUAAAAAUUAAAAAAUAAAAUUUGUUGAUGCGACAUAAAAUAUUUUUAAAAAAUAAUUAUAAUUAAAGAUUAAUUACAAAAUGUAAAAGCAGUAAAAUUAUAUAUAAAAAAUGUCUUUUUUAUCACCUGAGGAUUUAUAAAAAAAAUACAUAAAUAAACUUAAAAAUUAAUAUAUAA